UAAAUACCUAAUAUCUUAAUUAUUCAAGCAUCUCACUGAGUCCACUCGAGCCCCGAUUUCAAUCUUCGAGCAUCAGCUGCGAUCCCAAUUUCAAUCUUCGAGCAUCAGCUGCGAUCCCAGAUUCCUCUUGGACUUGUAUUCCUCUUAGAUCUGAGAUACCAUUUUCUAUGUACAGUGGGAAAUGUCUCUCUCGCAAUAUGGGCUUGUUGGUUUACGGAAGUCAUGGGUUUCUUCACAUGAUGAAUGCUUGCUUGAACUGCUUAUUGAGCAGCAAAAUUGUGGAAAAACUACAAGCAAUUUAUUCAAAUAUGAAGUAUACAAAACUGUCACACAGAAAUUAAAUCAGAGAUUUGAAACAAAUGUGGACGAGAACCAGAUAAAAUUGCGUUACUAUGCGAUGAAGAAAGAUUAUGGUGUAAUUAAAGCCCUUCUUGGGCAGCCAGGGUUCCAUUGGGAUGCGCAGAAGCAAAUGGUAGCAGCUGAUGACAAAGUUUGGGAAAACUAUACUGCAGUAAGACGUGAUGCAAGGCCUUAUCGGUGGAGGAGCUUUCCCUUAUAUGAUAAAAUGUCCAUCAUCUUUGAAGACUCUGUUGUUGGGGAUGUUGGUGCUAGGAAUCUUCAUUUGCCAAGCAGAGUAAAUAGAACACUUGAGGUAAACAGUGACCCAGAAACAGUACAGGUUCCGGAACCAGCAACAGAACCUGCACAACUUAAUGUUGAUGUCCAUGAUUCUGAUUCUUCAUUUCAUGUGAAGAAUACGCAGCCUGGGAAAAGGAAAUCCAAGGCUUCUGGCCGUAAGAGAAGUUCUCAUGUUGAAGCGGAAUACAACAUAGAAAAUGCUUAUUGUGAGAUGCCUCGUGCAAACAAAACGAGGAAAUCAGUUUUUGUAGCAACUUCUGGAUUUAACAAGAGUCUACAAUUUGAAGCAGAUUACAGCAUAGAAAAUGCAUUAGAUAAAAGCCCCUCUGUAGCAAUGUCAAAAGGAAUGCAGAAGAAUGUGAAUGAAUUGCAAUGCAAGGAGAAGAAAUCAAAAUCUGCAGCAACUUCUGGAUAUAAUAAGAGACCACAAUUUGAAGCACAAGACAGCAUAGAAAAUGCAUUAGAAGAAAGCCCAUUUGCAGCUAGGUCUCAAGGAGUAGAGGACUUGAGUGAUGCCAGAAUUAUAUACCAAAGAUGCCUAGAGGAGUUGCAGAGAAUAGAUGAAUUAGAUGAUUCAGAGUUUUCACAGGCUGUGUGCGCUCUUAAAGAUGACAAAAAUGCAAUUGCCUUUAUGACAAUCAGGGGACCUCGGCGACUAAUAUGGUUGAGGUCUAUUCUGAACUGAUAUUAAGUACUUAAUUAUAUGUAUCCACAUAUCUCUGGCAUAGUUCUAUUUCUAGUUCUAGGGUUGAAUUAAAAACACAUUAUUUCCUUUUGUAGUGGACAAACAAGAAGGUGCUGUUCUGAGUUUUUUAGGUUAUAAUAAAGUUUUCAGUUUCCUGACAAAAAAGAA